UCAUUUUUUUAAUUUGAAAUAUUUUGGAGAGAUCCGUGACCAUGAUCAUCCACUUCUGAUCUCUUACUCUCUCCGUCCCUCUCUUUUCCGUGCACCAGCCGCCGCUCCCAUUCACCGUGCUCUCUUCCAGCCGCCGCCCCUGCCGAUUUCUUCUCCGGCGCAUUGCCUUUCAGCUAGGCUCAAGGGCGGCGGUGCUACACGAGCUCACAACAGUGACGACAGAAGCCGGCGGCUUUCACCCCUGAACUGCAACGGCGAGGCUUUUCUUGGCUGAUUAUCGACUUUCGGCUGUGAUCCACACCACUUUUGGUCUCGAAUCAGUUUGUCAAAAACUUGAAGAGGACAGAACGUAGAAAUCGAACUUAUUCGAUAACCAACCAGACUACAUUUUAUGCUGUUUGGCGUCUUUCAGUAGAUUCGGAGAAGUUUCAUACCAAUUCAAACACCUUCCAGCAGCAAUUCAUGUCAAUUUGGUAAGAUUUGGAUGGUAAAGUUAUAUUUAAACCCUUUCAAUCUCGACUAAAGUAUGUUAGAUCAUUCUUUAACCUCUGGAAAGUCUCUGUUUGCAUUUUUGGACCUUUUGUUAGGCCAAGAGAUACCGUAGAACGAUACAUUUUUUGUUCUGUCUUGUGAUAGCUAUAGAAAUUCCUGAGCUCAUUAUCGAUUUAGGUUUUGCCAAUAACAUUGGAUGAAUGGUCUGAUGAUGCGAUUGAUGCAAUGAUAGAGAUUGGAGGAAAUGGUUUUGCUAAUGCAAUUAUAUGAGAUUUUUAAGUGCUAGCCACGAGGAGUGUUCAAAGUUCAUUUAGUAAGAUUCUUACUUGCAAGCCUUUAUAAAUAAUAAUGGAAGCGCUUCUAUUGGAUGAGACGGUGGAGGGCGCAGUUGAUUACAAUGGCCACCCAGUCUGCAGAUCCAAUUCUGGCGGCUGGAGAUCCGCCGCCCUCAUUAUAGGAGUGGAGGUUGCCGAAAGAUUUGCCUACUAUGGAGUUUCCUCCAACUUGAUUAACUUCUUGACGGACCAGCUCCAGCAGUCAACGGCCACUGCAGCUAAAAAUGUCAAUGCCUGGUCUGGUACCGCCUCCUUGCUACCUUUACUCGGCGCCUUUCUGGCUGAUUCCUUCCUUGGACGAUACCGUACUAUUGUUCUUUCCUCUGCCCUCUACAUUCUGGGCCUUGGGUUGUUGACCAUGUCUGCAAUGUUACCUUCUCCCAGCAUUUCUGCCUGCCAACAGACUGACAAAUCCCUACCAUGUUCCCCAAAUCUUGUCCGAGUAAUAUUGUUUUUCUUCUCCUUAUAUUUGGUGGCAUUGUCUCAAGGGGGACACAAGCCUUGCGUCCAAGCUUUUGGAGCUGACCAAUUUGAUGGACAACAUCCAAAAGAGAGCAAAGCUAAAAGCUCUUUCUUCAAUUGGUGGUACUUCGGUAUAUCAUUGGCCACUUUUCCAACUGUUUGUAUCUUGAGCUAUGUGCAAGAUAACCUCAGCUGGAGUCUUGGGUUUGGAAUUCCUUGUAUUGCUAUGGUUUUUGCACUUGUAAUCUUCUUGCUUGGAACUAGGACAUACAGGUUCAGUAGCAGAGGAGAUGAGGAAAACCCAUUUGUAAGAAUUGGACGGGUGUUUAUCAUUGCUGUAAGAAAUUGGCGAGUAAAUUCUUCAGAAAUAGCUCGUGAAGAGGAAAUCCGUGGCCUUUUACCGCAUCAUAACUCUAAACAAUUCAGGUUUCUCAACAAAGCUUUGAUUGUACCUGAUAGUUCGAAGGAAGACAGUCACGUAUGUAGCAUCAGUGAAGUUGAGGAAGCAAAAGCAGUACUGAGGCUUGUUCCGAUAUGGCUGACAUGCUUAGCAUAUGCUGUUGUAUUCUCUCAGUCAUCAACUUUCUUUACAAAACAAGGAGUCACCAUGGACAGAUCAUUAAUUCUUGGAUUUAAAGUACCAGCUGCUUCACUUCAAUCUUUUAUCAGUGUGGCCAUUGUCACUUCCCUCCCGAUAUACGAUCGUAUACUCAUUCCAAUUGCAAGAAAUUUCACUGGGAAGCCUUCUGGAAUUACAAUGCUACAAAGAAUUGGAUUUGGGAUGCUAUUAUCUGUUAUUUCCAUGGUCAUUGCUGCAUUAGUGGAGAUAAAAAGGCUCAAAACAGCUCAAGAAUAUGGUUUGGUUGACCUGCCGAAGGCGACUGUUCCUUUGAGUAUAUGGUGGCUGGUUCCUCAAUAUGUAUUAUUUGGAGUUGCCGAUGCUUUCACCAUGGUUGGCUUGCAGGAGUUUUUCUAUGACCAGGUUCCGAGUGGAUUAAGAAGCAUUGGUCUCUCCUUGUACUUGAGUAUUUUUGGCAUUGGCAACUUUUUAAGCAGCUUUCUCAUCUCUGUCAUUGAAAAAUUAACCAGUGGGGAUGGCAAACAAAGCUGGCUUGACAGCAAUCUCAACAAAGCUCAUCUUGAUUACUUCUACUGGUUGCUUGUUGGGCUUAGUGCUAUUGGGUUGGCUGCCUUCCUGUGUUCUGCAAGAACUUACAUCUAUAACAAGGCAAACACCACGUGAGCAUAAUUUCAUGGGGAGCAUUGUAAUUUAAAGCUAUGGUACGUAUGUACUGACAUUCAAAGGUUUGAAACUUAACUUCAUUUUUGGAGAAUUCUAUUUUUAGAGUCAUCUUGAUACUUACUUGUUUAGAAGUCUUUCCCAUGCUUUGUUGGAACAAGAAAUUACAUCCAUGAUAAGAAAAUACCACAUGAACUCCACCAUCUAGGAGAUUUGUAAUUUAAAACUAUGGGAUUAUUGGAUAUUCAUGUCAUAUAGCAAAAUCUAUCUGAGUGAAUUUGUUCUCA